AUGGGCCUGCCAGUGCGGGCGGGCGCAUCCGCAACCUACCACAAUAACAACCACGCUUAUGGUGAUGGUGGCGCCAAGCACACCCUGCCCCGUCGGGCGGGAAAGUGGAGCAUCACUUGGGAUGAAAUUGCGCUCUCCCCAAAGCUGUACCUCGCCUGGAAGCGCCAAGGCCUGGAAGCGCCCCUUAAGGCUGGCGGGACCCACCCAAGCUCCCCCCCGUCAUCCAAUCACCCCGGACCACCACCAUCCCCCAGGGUCUCACGCUCUCCUCGGCUCUGGAAGAACGCUGUUGCCUACGCCAUCAUCGUGGCUGGUGUCGUUGCAUGUGAGGCUGGUUAUGCAUGGCCAUGA